AGUUGCCAGAUUGCGGAUGAGGCGCGCUGUUUCCUUUCCUUUACUUGACAGGGUGCACUGCUUCCCUCCUCUCUCCCUCUCUCCCACUCUCCUCCUUCUAAGCCUCGUCCUCUUCUCUCUCAUGUCGUGCGCGGCAUCGUCCAUGCACAUGCUCGUUGCCCCCACGGUCCAUCAGCCACCCUGGAUACAUCCAUCGUCGCUGAGCCCCUCGUCCCCAGGCGUGUAUUGCUGCGCACGCUGCUGAUCGUCUCUCAGUGACUACACGCCCACAGCCCGGCACGGACGGGUGGAAUUCACACAGAACGUCGGAGUUGGGUGAGUUGCAAGUUGACUGCAGCGCGUCUCGGGGAGGGUCGAGUGCGCUCAUGAAGGUGCAGCAGCAAACGGGCGAGUCGAGCUCGAGGCCUAGCCGAGAAUCGAUGGGGAGGCAAGAGCUGUCGUCGCAGUCCGAGGUGGAGCCUCGCAUUCUUCCGGGCGUGAGCUCUCGUCGCGACGGCGGCCUCGAGGAAUUGCCAGCGGCAAUCUCCUCGCGUCGAAGCUUCAAGAGGAUUUGCGUCUACUGUGGGAGCAGCCGCGGCAAGAAAGACAUCUUCAGCGACGUUGCGUCUAGCCUGGGCCGAGAAUUGGUGAGGAGGAAAAUAGACUUGGUGUAUGGUGGAGGUGGCAAUGGAUUAAUGGGUAAAGUGGCGCAAACUGUGCACGACGGAGGUGGUCAUGUUAUAGGUGUGAUACCCAAAGCUUUGAUCGGCCAAGAGAUUUCGGGGCAAACAGUGGGGAAGCUUGUGGCAGUGAGUGACAUGCACCAACGGAAAGCGGAAAUGGUUCGAGAAGCGGAUGCCUUCAUAGCUCUCCCAGGCGGUUAUGGCACACUCGAGGAGUUACUCGAGGUCAUCACCUGGUCCCAGCUCGGCAUUCACGAGAAGCCAGUCGGCCUGCUCAACGUCGACGGGUAUUACAACCCUCUGUUAACACUUUUCGACAAGGCUCUGGAGGAGGGCUUCCUCCAGUUUUCAGCUCGCAGCAUAGUGGUGUCCGCACGAACACCGAGUGAGCUUCUCGACAAGCUGGAGGCCUACACGUUGGUUCGAGAUCUGAGUGCUCCCAAGCUUCGAUGGGAAGAUGCAAAAAGCCUCGUAUAUGAGCCUGCUGUUUCCAGUGCAGCUCUAUGACCCAUGUGGUAGCAAGCUUCUUUCCCUUUCUCCUUUUGCCCUUUUCCUUGUGGACAUUGUUCCUUCCGCGGCCGAAAUUUUGUUGCAGAGCAUCGUUUUCUUAGCUUCCACAGAGAGUAAAAGGAAGCAGUAGAUGCCAGGCUCAUCAGCCAGUUACAGUGCUAAAGUAGAGCAGAACCAGAAUAGGAUUUUUAGAAUAGGCUAUGCGUGGGUGCUGUCAUGAUUCAGCUAGUUUUGCCUCUUAGAAACAAAGAGUUUAAAAGAAAAACACAUCUACGUUGCAAUGACUUCCAAAGGA